CAGUUUGCUUUGCAAACUGUACAAUGAAAACAAAAUGGCCGAUCAAACGUCUGUUGCACCCAAAGUCUCUAAGGAGAUUAUUUACCCUGGUGAAGGCGAUAUUCCACGUUAUGAAAAUGGAUCAAAGGCGACUUUCCAUUUCAAGGUUUACAAAAAGACGACUAAAGGCAGAAAGCUACUGGAUUGCAGCAAGACACUUGGACAGCCAUUUGAACUAUUGAUCGGUAAAAAAUUUAAACUAGAAAUCUGGGAAGAGAUGAUCAAAACAAUGAGAAUAAAUGAAGUGGCAAGGUUCACUUGUGACAAAGAGAUUGUUAGAGGAUAUCAUUUUGUCUCAAAAAAUUUCCGUAAUGCAGUCAAGCAGUCCAAAGGAGAACAUUCCAAAGACCAUGAUCAUCAUCAUCAUGAACAUAGUUGUAGUCUGUCAGCUGUUAAUCCAACAGGGUAUGCAGAUCUGGAUAAAUUAGCCAGAAAACCAAGAGAUCUUAUCUUUGAAAUGGAGCUCAUGUCUGUGGACAAUCCAGGACAGUAUGAAAAGGAAACAUGGCAGAUGGAUCCAAGUGAAAAGCUUUCAGUUAUUCCCAAGCUCAAACAGGAGGGAAAUGAAUUGUAUGCAAAAAAGGAAUAUGAAGCAGCAGCAGACAAGUAUGCUAAAGCUCUGGGUCUACUGGAACAGCUGUCUCUACGUGAAAAACCAGGUGAUGAUGAAUGGGUUCAACUUGACAAGAUGAAAAUACCGUUACUUUUGAAUUAUUCACAGUGUAAGCUUUUACUUGGAGACUAUUAUGAGGUCAUUAGACACACAAGUACAGUACUGGAAAAAGAUAAUGAUAAUGUAAAAGCAAUUUAUAGGCGUGCUAAGGCUCAUAAAGCAUGUUGGAACCCAGAUGAAGCUAAAAAUGACUUUAAAAGAGCUGCAGAACUGGAUGAGUCACUAAAAAAGGCAGUCAAAAAAGAAUUAGAUGAGCUAGAACAAAUGAUCAAAGAACAAAAUAAUGAUGAUAAGGAUAAACUUAAAAAGCUGUUUAGCAGUAGGUGUGUGUGAUGUGUAAUUUUAUAAAGUGUCCAUAAUUUCCCUGUCAUAAAAGAUUGACCUUUAGGUAUGGGCAGGAUGUGAAAGAAGCACCAUACGUAGUUUAGUAAUUCAUUUAUUGGGGAUGGGAUAGCUGCUAGGAAAGAAAUUGAAGUCAGAGAGGUUUGGACAUUUUUAUGAAAUUAUGGAUUAACACAUUAUGAGUAAGUUAUUUAUAUAACAGAAAAUAUGAGAAAGUCUAUUAAUAUUCUAUGUAUUUUUACUUCAAUGUUUCUUUAAAAUGAUUUUUACCUUUAAGCUCAAAAUAUUAUGUUUUUUCCAAAUAACACAUCAAAUUUAUCAGUCGGAGUCCAUCUGUAGAGCUGUAUUUCAUGUUUUACAUAUACAAGAAUGGGCUUUUUAUCAAGUAUUAUCAACAUCACCAGAAUUAAAAGCAAUCUUUUAAAUUAGAAAGAGAUAAUUUUUAAAAGAAGUUAUAUAAAUGAUGUGGUUUAAAAUGUCUCAUGUAUAGUACUAAUAGGCUAGAAAACUACUAAUAUAAAUCUACUUGAUUAUGAAAAAAAUUAUAUCACAAUGUAACAUGAUCCAAAUAAAGCUGAUGUAAAUG